AACAAAUGAACAAGUCUAUGGGCAGAAUCAUUCCCGGUGAAGAUUCUGAUUCAGAUUAUGGGGAUCGUGAGAAUGAGGAAGAUCCUUUGGAUGACGAAGAUGAUGAUGAAUUUAUGAAACGGGUGAAGAAGACUAAAGUUGAGAAGCUAUCAAUUGUUGACCAUUCAAAAAUUGAAUAUCCUCCAUUCCGGAAAAAUUUCUAUAUCGAAGUGAAGGAAAUCUCAAGGAUGACUCCUGAAGAAGUUGCCGCUUACAGGAAACAACUGGAAUUAAAGCUAUAUGGAAAGGAUGUGCCAAAGCCAAUUAAAACUUGGCACCAGACCGGAUUAGCUACUAAAAUUUUGGAGACAAUAAAGAAGCUAAACUAUGACAAGCCAAUGCCAAUUCAAGCCCAGGCACUGCCAAUAAUUAUGAGCGGUCGAGACUGCAUAGGUGUUGCGAAGACAGGCUCCGGCAAAACACUAGCAUUUGUGUUGCCCAUGUUGAGGCAUAUCAAGGACCAGCCACCAUUGAUGUCUGGAGAUGGGCCUAUUGGGCUUAUAAUGGCACCUACAAGAGAGCUUGUUCAGCAAAUCCACAAUGACAUCAAGAAGUUUGCAAAAGUAAUGGGUAUCGGCUGUGUGCCUGUAUAUGGAGGUUCUGGUGUUGCUCAACAAAUUAGUGAAUUGAAAAGAGGCACUGAGAUUGUUGUCUGCACCCCAGGUAGGAUGAUUGAUAUACUUUGUACGAGUGGUGGGAAAAUAACAAAUCUCCGUAGGAUCACCUACUUGGUCAUGGAUGAAGCUGAUAGAAUGUUUGAUAUGGGUUUUGAGCCUCAGAUCACACGGAUUGUCCAAAAUACUCGACCUGACCGACAAACUGUACUGUUUUCUGCUACUUUCCCUCGUCAGGUUGAAAUAUUGGCACGCAAAGUGUUGAACAAACCUGUGGAAAUUCAGGUAGGCGGCAGGAGUGUGGUCAAUAAAGACAUAACACAGUUGGUUGAGGUGAGACCUGAAGAUGAAAGGUUCCUUAGAUUGUUAGAGCUACUAGGAGAGUGGUAUGAGAAGGGAAAAAUUUUAAUAUUUGUCCAUUCACAGGAGAAAUGUGAUGCGUUGUUCAGGGAUUUGCUUAAGCAUGGAUAUCCUUGCCUUUCACUGCAUGGGGCCAAGGAUCAGACAGAUCGCGAAUCCACCAUUUCUGAUUUUAAGAGUAACGUAUGCAAUUUGUUGAUUGCUACAAGUAUUGCUGCCAGGGGUUUAGAUGUAAAGGAGCUUGAACUAGUGAUCAACUUUGAUGUUCCCAACCACUAUGAAGACUAUGUUCACCGUGUUGGUCGUACUGGUAGAGCAGGCCGGAAAGGCUGUGCUAUCACAUUUAUAUCUGAAGAAGAUGCAAGAUAUGCACCAGAUCUUGUAAAAGCCUUGGAACUAUCUGACCAAGUUGUUCCUGAAGACCUGCAAGUUCUUGCAAAUGGUUUCAUGGCAAAGGUGAAUCAGGGACUUGAGCAAGCCCAUGGGACUGGUUACGGUGGAAGUGGUUUUAAAUUUAAUGAAGAGGAAGAUGAAGUGAGGAAAGCAGCAAAGAAAGCACAGGCCAAAGAAUAUGGUUUUGAGGAAGAUAAAUCAGACUCAGAUGAUGAAGAUGAUGGGGUGCGAAAGGCAGGUGGUGACAUCUCACAGCAAGCUGUCCUCGCUCAGGUUGCUGCCCUUGCUGCUGCCACUAGGGCGAAUACAGCUGCGUUGCCAACACAGGUCGCAGCUGCUCAACUGCUUCCCAAUGGUGGAUUGCCUGUUUCUCUGCCAGGGGUUCUUGGUCUAUCAGUACCUGGUCCAACUGCAGUUAUGAAUGGGACUGCACUGCCAAUUGCCGCCAAUGAUGGGGCAGCUAGGGCCGCAGCAUUAGCAGCUGCCAUGAACUUGCAGCAUAACUUGGCAAGGAUUCAGGCCGAUGCUAUGCCUGAACAUUAUGAAGCAGAGUUGGAGAUAAAUGAUUUUCCUCAAAAUGCUCGUUGGAAGGUAACACACAAGGAAACAUUGGGUCCGAUUUCAGAAUGGACUGGAGCUGCUAUUACAACUAGGGGGCAGUAUCAUCCACCUGGUAGGAUCCCAGGACCGGGUGAAAGAAAGCUUUACUUGUUUAUUGAGGGCCCUACUGAACAGUCAGUCAAGAGGGCGAAAACUGAAUUGAAACGUGUGUUGGAGGACAUCACAAUGCAAGCAUCAUCACUUCCAGGUUCAGCUCAACCAGGCCGCUACACGGUUGUGUAAGAACUAGACACGAUCUCUGUAUGGUGGUGUAUUAUUUCUUGCUCGGUAUACUAAAGUAGUUUAUCUAUAUCGAGUGUGGGAAUUGUUUAUGGUAGACCCAUCUCAUCUUUUGGCUGGUUGAAUGUAAUGGGACUUGUAUGUGAUCCAUUCUUUUUUGAAUUAUUGUAGUUCACUUACAUUUUUUCUUCAUAUAUGAGUAUGACUUUCACUUGAUGUAGAAACAUUAAGAGAUACUGGAAUUAUGAUGAUG